AUGGACUCAACAUGUCGCUCGCCAGAGUCGGACAUCAUCGCCAGCUUCAACCAGGCCUACAACGGCAGCAUCUACAUCCACGAAAUUCCCCUCAUUGAUGGCCUCAAUGCUGAUCUCGAUGCCCUUGUGCCGUCUGAUUACAUCCGGGGACUGCUCAGCGUGCACCACGCAGUGGAUCUGGUCCAAGAGGUCUCAGGAUGGCUCACCACAGACAUGCUCCGCGCUCACUACCUCUACAACGUCACCGAUCUGUGGCACGAGUUUGGCAUCUUUGACUCACCAGCAGUGGCCUUUGCGCCGCAGACUCGCGGGUCCGAUGGCGCCAUGUACAUGCUCCCGCUCCUUACCCGCAUCCGAGGCUUCUACCUCAACACGCGCUACUUGCCGACCAUGCCGCACACCUUUGAGGCCCUCCUCAACUACUGCCGCGCGCACAAGUCCCGGACCGGAUCAGGCUGUAUCCUUCUCUGGGCAGUGAGCGGGCCGAGGGACGAUCUGCUGGCCCGCCUGCUCGAUGUGUUUCUGACGCUGCAGCACGGGCCCGAGUACGUGCUCGCCAUCCAGACCGGCACCGUCCCGCUCACGGAUGGCCGUUACGCCGCAACACUGGACCUGCUCGAGAGAAUGAUUGCCGACGGCUGCUUUGAGUACGACUUUAGCCUCGCCAAGUUUGAGUCGGGCGAUACGCCGAUUCUCUCCACCGUGCUGGGCGUGACCAAGGCGCUGGUUGGCACGCCGCUGGCGGCGCCAGAGACCCUCGCAGCUAUGGCCAUUGCGUCAACUCCACCGUUUGCCGGCACCGCCUGGCCGACGCCGCUCUUUGCGUCGCUCGAUCGGGUCGGCAUCCCGCGAGUGAGCUCCAAGCCCGACAAGGCGCGGACAUAUCUUCGCGAGCUCUUUUCCCCUGCCAACGCCAGACACAUGCUUGUCGGUGCAACCAUGUCGUGGCCCAUUUCGGCGUCAGACGCGCUUGUCGCAAGCCUCAACGGGAGCGAUCCCGAGCUCGACACCGUCUUUUCCCUGGUCCGCACCGCUGACUACGUCGUCCCCACCUCAGACGAUGUCUUCACCUCGGUCCUCAUGCGCCAAGCUUGGCGCGAUGCGGUUAGCACUGUCGCGGCAGGUGGGGCCAUUACCAGCGCAGUCGCCACAGUCGAGGCUGUCCGCGUCGCCGAGUACGUCGGUGAGGCGCUUGCGCCCGUCCCAUCAACUCCACCUGGCCUCUACCAGCACGCGCUCAAUUUCUCGCUCACGACGUUCACCGCCGGUGCCGACGUCCACUACACACUCGAUGGCUCGCCGCCGUUCUCGGACUCGCCCAAGUACCGCCCCGAUCAGCCGAUCCUACUAGUGGAGACUGGCAGCGUGCUCGUGCGGGCCGUGGCCAUCCGCCGCGGCCUCCGCAACUCGCCCGUCUUUGAGGGUAGGUAUACCAUCCAGCUGCCGGUCCUGCCUGGACCGCCGUCGACAGAGAGCGACGCAGCGUCGGCCCGCAUGUCGCCGUCCGUCAUGUCACCUGCCGCUGCCAUCAUUCUCUCAGUCAGCAUCCCUUUGCUGAUCUGCGCCACUGGCGCCGCCAUCUUUGUCAUGUGGCGGCGCGCGCGGCGGUCGACAACCGUGAUCACCCUCGAGGGUGCGCACGAGGCCAUCCCCUUUGACGAGCUCCGAAUGCUCCGAGCCAUCGGCACCGGCGCGUACGGCGCGGUUUCGCUCGCCGAGUGGCGGGCCACGCGGGUGGCCGUCAAAAUCCUCCACCGAACCUCGAUCAGCGAGUCCGAUCUGAGCCCGGACAAGUGCCAGGCCUUCCUCUCCGAGGCCGCCAUUAUCAUGUCGCUCCGGCACCCCAACAUCGUCACCUUUAUGGGCGUCUCGCUCGUACCGCCGGCGCUGGUCACCGAGUUCCUUGACCGCGGCGCCCUGUACGACUACAUCCACAACCCAGCCAUGGAGAUCGACAUCUCGGCCCGCAUGCAAUGGGCGUACGAGAUCGCGGCAGGCGUCGCCUUUCUCCACGAGUCCAAUACCCUCCAUCUCGAUCUCAAGUCGCUCAACGUCCUUCUCUCGAGCUCGUGGACCGCUAAGCUCUGCGACUUUGGCCUCUCCGCGUUGGCCAGGACUGCUGUCGGGCCCGACGAGGAGACCAAGGCGGGGUCAAUCACCGCUGGGACCAAGGCGGAUGCCAGCGGUGCCGUUGUUCUCGGAACCAUGUACUGGACUGCCCCCGAGCUACUCAUGACCGCCAUCGUGGCUACCCCAACUGCAGUCGCGCCACCUGCAGAUGUCUACUCGCUCGGCAUCGUACUCUACGAGCUCUUUGCUCGCUCGCUCCCGUACCCGCUGGGGAGCAACACCUUUGCGCUCACGCUCGACAUCAUGCGCGGCAAGCAGCGGCCAGAUGUGGCAGCGGUCGUGGCCGACACGCCACAGGAGGUCGUCCAGAUCAUGACCUCCGCAUGGGCGACUGAUCCACAGGAGCGGCCGACUGCCAGCAACGUGGCGGUGAGGCUGCGAUCGGCUUUGGCUGCAGACCCCGACCCUGUCGUCUACCCACAGCCGCUCCACGAUGAGCCGUGUGGCGACGCUGUAAUCAUGGUGAGCAUGGUUGUCGGCUCGUUUGCCGAGCUCGCUGUCGCCGUGCCGGACGACCUUAAUCAGCUCAUGACCAACGUGCAUGAAGCUAUCUACGGUGCGGCCGCGAUCUCUGGGGGCUACUGCUGGCACAUGACGCCGUACAGCCUCGACUACGCGUUCUCCACUGGAAGGCGGGCUAGCGCCUUUGUUGAAGAUGUUCGGAAUCGGAUGGCGAAGCUCCCCAUUCCGGAGCGACUUGGCUUGCUCCUCCCGUCGACGCUGGCUGGGUGCGAGGGCGUGUACGGCCCAGUCCGACUGGCCAUUGGCAUCGCUGUCGGUCCCGUCACAACAAGCCGCGACACCAAGUCUCUCAAGCUGAAGUACUUUGGUCCACCUGUGGUCGGCGCACGCGCGCUGGCGUCGAACGCGCUGCCGGGAAUGACGCUUGCAUCAACCGAUGCCGUGCAGAUGCUGGUGGUGACUCCGACGGCAUCGCACCAGACGGUGCCGGCGACACCAUGGCCGGCCGAGGUGCCGGCAGCCGGACGUGGAGUGAUGCGGGUGACCCUGCGGGCGGACGCGAGCGCGGUCCACGACAUGAUCUGCUAUGCAGCGCUAUGGGAGGCGACGCAGCACGUGCUGACUGGCUCGGAUGAUAUCAGCCGGCUGGCGGUGCUCGUGGACGAGAUCGCGACUGUUUCGGCCGGCGGCAGUACUGAACCGCUGCAGACUGGCCCACAGCUCGCCUUUACAAGUUCUCUGCCGACAGCUGACUGGCUGGUUCGGGCGAAAGAGCUGGAUGUGUUUGAGGCCGAGUCUUUCGCCAGCGGCCUCGGAUCGUACGCUGAGAUCAAAACCGGAAAGCUUCGGGGCACUCCUGUCGAGUACCAUCGGUUCCUCCUGCAGAACAAGUACGAUGUGCGCUACUCCUUGGCUGUGGCUGCCGAGUUUGGGCGCAUCAGAAAGCUGGUCCAUCGCGGCAACCGAUACCUGGUCCCAGUCAUGUACCUCUGUCUGGAGCCGGGGCGGAUCGGCUACUUUGCGCCACAAAUGCCCGGCGGGACGCUUGGCGAGCUGCUGGAGACCGGUGCCGGCGGAUCCCACACACUCAUCGGAAUGCUUUCGGCCGGUCUGGGCCUCGCUCGCGGGCUCGGCGAGCUGGCCCGACUCGACAUCCCUGCGCUGCCGUUUUCCAUCCGGCUGAGCAACGUGGUUGUUGUCGGGAGCAACGGGACGACCAUCGACGUCGCCAUUCGCGACUAUGGGUUCAUGGCCCCGACCGAGGCCAUCGGGACCAUGACGGUGGCACAGACGGCGGCGUACGAGGCUCCCGAGCUCCUUCGCGGCGAAACGAGCGAGGCAGGCGCGGAGCAAGCCCUGGCCUUUGCGCUCGGAUCUGCCCUCUUUCACCUCAUCUCGGGAGUGCCGGCAUGGCACGGCCAUAAUGCGAUGGACACGGCGUCGCGCAUCGUCGCCGGCGAGCGGCCGGAGCUUCUUCCGCGAUCCAGCAUCGCGUCCAGCAUCCCCACUGCCGUUACAGACCUCGUUACGGCGCUCUGGCAGGACAAUCCAACUGCACGACCGAAGCUUGUCGACGCCAUGACCACGCUUGGCGAGGCGCUCGAUCGGAUCCUCCCGCGAUCGGCCCGCGUCCAGCCCGCGUCGCCCGCACUUGCGCCUGUCGCCACACCGCCGUGCUAG